UUUUAAUCAAGUAAAAACAACGAUCCCUGUUGCUCUUGAAAAGUCAGUCCUACUAGUCGAAAGGCAGAGGAAGGACAACGAAACACAACCAAAACAGGCACUCAUCAGCAACAUCCACCACUUUGUUUAAGCGGAUACAAUAGUCCAUUGGAUUUUCUCCAGUCAGAGGCACUUCAUCAGUCUGGCAACUUUUGGAAUGUACCAAAGAUGGAGAUUCAGGAUCUUCUGGAUCGAUGUCAACCUCUUGUGCAGAAGAUUGUUCCAGCAACAUCUGACACGAGGCCCGGCAGCUGGGAACUAUGAUGCAUACUGCAUCAUUGUUCCUGACGCACCUCUGACAACUAAUAUCACCAUAUUUGAACACGAGACCCUAACUAGAGAACACGGACAUCUCUUUUUUACAGACCUCAAUAUCCUUGACCCGCAGCUGCUAACCAGGGGAUGGAGGACACUCUCACUGGCCUGUGGAAUUCUGGAGUCUUGAAAACAUCCACCUCCUCGUGGUGUACACCACUCUGGCCAGUUUUAAAAGCAGAUGGUAACACUUAUCAUAUGGCGCAUGAUUUGAGAGCUGUUAACGAUGUAAAGACCACACCAUUGUUACCUCUACCAGACCCUCACACAAUGUUGUCUACCAUCACACCUGAAAUACUUCAUAGCGAUUGAUUUGGCAAAUGCAUUCUUCUGUGUCCCACUCGCACCCAAGUGUAGACACUUGUUUGCAUUCAAAUAUCAGGGACACAAUUUGCAAUACACCAGGUUGCCACAAGGCUUCAAAAAUUCGCCUGGAAUUUUAAUCAAUGUUUGAAAUCAUUGCUGCAGGAUCUAGAACUCCCAGACGGAUGUAAACUCCUGAUGUAUGUUGAUGACCUCCUGUUGGCAGCCCCAACAGCAGAGUCGUGUUUGUCGCGAACUAAACUGCUGAACUCUGUCCAACCUUUGACUAACGGCAGGGUCCUUUUCAUUGAUUGUUGCUGUUACCGUAAGCGGAAUGGCUCUUUGGCUGCGGCGGCGGCCGUAGUGGAGCAGCAGCACUCAGAUUAAUUUUUAACUGUUUCCCCUUCCGUACUAACAUCUGUCCCCUCAGCCCAGGCAGCGGAAGUGCUCGUACUCUGUCUUGCACUGGAAGUGGCGGUCGGACAAUCUGUCACUGUCUAUUGUGACUCAUCUUAUGCUGUCCCGGCUGCUGUGUUGGACCUGUCUGCCUGUAAACGGAAUGAUUUUAAAACAGCUAAAGGUACCCCUAUUGCACAUUUGACACUGAUCCAAUGAGUAGACAAAGCCUUGGCCAAACCUUCGGCAGUGGCUAUCGUCAACGUCCCUGGCCACUCCAAAUCCACUUCUACCACAGCCCUUGGCAACAAUGCUGCCGACUUGGCUGCCAAGCAGGCUGCGGGCUAUGUCCCACAGAUGCUUCUCCAAUUAUGUGACAAAUCCUCUCCUGACCUGCCUGAACGUCUGUCUCACAAUGAAUUGGUUAAAAUACAGCACAACGCCUCUCCUGAACAAAACAUAUUUUGACCAAAACUCACUCUAUGGCUCGUAAUUGGCCCCAGAGCCAUGCUAACCAAACUUUGCAUGUGGUGGCAUCCUAAAAUGUCUGACAUGUGUCACGUCCACUGUCCUGACUGUAAUAUUUGCCAGCUACACAAUGUUCGUCGAACACUUAGACCGUUGUCAGGUUCAUUCGACCUACCCUCCUGGCCCGUUGCGGAACUGGUCAUAGAUUUCACAGGCGUGAUCACUCCUCUUCAAGGUAAGCGCUACCUUCUUGUUUUUGUUGACACCUUUUCCGGAUGGCCUGAACCGUACCCCUGCGCUCGCGAAGAUGCCAUGUCGGUAAUGAAAGCUUUGGUGAACCACUGUAUUCCAAUGUACGGUUUCCCCGGUCUCAUCCACUCGGACAACGGUACACAUUUCACAUCCACACAUCUAGCUACUGUCGAGAAGUGGUUAGUGUUAACUCACAAGUUUGGUUGUGUUCAUCACCCCGCCAGUCAAGGCUCAGUUGAACAUAUGAAUUGCACGUUGAAGGAAAAACUGGCUAAAAUGUGUACUUCUUCUGGCAUGAAUUGGGUUCAGGCGCUUCCCCUUGCUCUAAUGUCUGUGAGACAAAUUGUCUCGUUCUAUUGGUUUCUCUCCUUAUGAACUUCUUCCAGGUCAUCUGAUGCCUGGCCCUUCCUCCUCAUUCCAGCCGCUGGAGGAUGGCGUUGUGUCUCCCAAGUUUUCUCAUAAACUGUUUUGGACACAACUGCAUUAUUUUGCUUCUAAUUUCUCCUUAGAGAUCCAGGACUCUCUUCCAUCACCACCUCCUGCACUUGAUCUUCCUGAGUGGUCAUCUGUCUACCUUAAACGACUCUCUCAUGAUCUGGCGGUUGGUCCUGAACACUUCAAGGAAGCUCUUGGCCUAUUACUCUGUUCACCUAGGUCCAUGCCUAUCUGGCUUGGUGCUGAAGACCCCACCUACAUUGACGCUAUCAGCGUCCCCCGUGGUGCUCCAGACGAGUAUAAACUGGCUGAUCAGGUUUUUGCCAUUUUUGCCUUUGCCAUAACUGGAGGUUACUCUGGCACAACUCACAUCCAAGUCAAAUGUCCUGACUCUGCAGAGAUAAUCGUAUCACCUGUGUUUGGAUACCCAUUCAGGUUGUCAGCAUAUCCUUAUGCGAUGCCUUCAUGUGACGGCAGUCACUCCAAUCGCACGUUCCUCCAGGGAGAUUUUUCCUCCUCUGCAGAGUUCUUUGUGUGUGUGGGUGUAUUUGGUUUUCUCUACUGCACUGCUACACUGAUUCUCUACUUGGGCUACCAGCAUGUCUAUCGCCAGACUACCCGUGGUCCCUUUAUAGAUCUGGUGGUGACUGCUGCCUUCGCCUUUCUGUGGCUUGUGUCCGCCUCAGCCUGGGGCAAAGGCCUGACUGAUGUCAAAUGGGCCACAAACCCAGAACACUUGGCGAAGGAUUGUCCAUUCUGCCAACCAGGAGACUUUCCUGCCUUGGGACGCCUAAAUGCAUCAGUGAUUUUUGGAUUUUUCAAUCUCAUCCUUUGGUCUGGUAACUGCUGGUUCAUUUGCAAGGAGACUUUGUUCCACAAGGAUCCCAGCCCACCUGCCACCAUGGAGGAAGGAGUGGCCCCUGGACCUUAAAUCACAGGCUGCCUCACUGUUUCUACUCAAAGAAGGCAAACCCCUCACUUUCCAUUAUGAAUUUUCAUCUAGUUUUCCCUUGAUGCCAUAACUAUUUUUUAAAGAGCACUUUUCUCUUCAGAAACAGUUGAAGCUAUGUUAUAAAAUGCUUACGUAUGUUACUUAAACUGGUCUUUAUAAAACGGCAAAGUGUGUUUGCUUCAAGUUAGUAAUUUAUGGUGAUAUAAUGUCAAUGAUGCUCUUGAUGCAUUCAAUAACAGAAAAACAUGUAGGCUGUAUAAUUUAUAGAAGUACGUAAUAUGAAUAAAAGAAAAAAAUCUGCAUGAAAGCAUGCCUUUUUAUUUUUCAAAUUUACUGAUUGUAGUAUACAACAUGAAUGUAAGAAUGUAGAAUGUAGAACUACAUCUAUUUUCGUAUUUUUUUCAAAUAAAGCAUCUCCAAAAAGACCUGCAGCAACUAUGGCUAAUAAAACUGAUCUGGAAAGCAACAACUUCCAGACUUUGCUUUCACAUCUAAUCUGCAUGAAUAUCCCCGACAGUAAUGCCUACUGCCAAAAUAGGAGUGUUCGUCUAUUAGUCGAGAAACUUGGCUUGGCCUUCGGCUGUAUAGAACUCUUGACAGAAUGCAUUCUUGCAUUUCUCAUCUGCCUUCAAGGUUUUUGGGCCAACUCAUGGUUCAAAAUCAAGAGCUGAGCCGCCAAGUCCCCUGCCCCCUUUUUUUUUAAUUGAAAAACAAGUAUGAAAUAUUAAUUACUAUAGGUGCUUCCGUUUCCACACUUUUUUUUUGUCAAUAUCACUGUUUAAUUGCAAACACUUGCACCACGAUCUACUGUACUUCUUUACCCUUCAAGUGAGAUUUGUUGAAAUAUUAAUAUCAGAAAAUAUAGUUAAAUAAUCACUUGGAAGGCCAAUAUUCAGCUUUGAUCAGGAACAACCGCUGUAUCCGUGUUUAGACACAAAGCUUUUGGACAGGACUACAGUAAAAUAACUUGGACUAACAUGGAUUUUGUGCAGCAACACUAAAAUUCUCUUUUGGAAUAACUUGCAGUAACAUUUUUUUGUGUGAAAACCACUCAUCGUUUUUAUGAUUGUUGUUUUAAAUUAGGUUUCUGUUUGCAUUUCCAUCAUCCCAUUUGCAAAAAAGAUAUUUGUGUGCAGCUUUGUCUUUAUUUCUAUAAUUUGGUGUUCAAUACAUUUUGCCCAUGCAUAUGUUUGUGUGACUCAAUGAUUAUUCUGAAGGUCAAAUAAAACUAAAA